AUGCCAAUUGAAAUCCCCCAAACUCAAAAAGCAGUAAUUUUUGAAACCAAUGGCGGUCCAUUAAAUUACACCGACAUCCCCGUGCCCCAGAUCAAAUCGAAUGAAAUCCUUGUCAACAUUAAAUACUCGGGUGUUUGUCACUCAGACUUACAUGCUUGGAAGGGCGAUUGGCAAAUCCCAUACAAGCUCCCUCUUGUGGGAGGCCAUGAAGGUGCUGGAGUAGUGGUUGGCGUGGGAGAGAACGUACAAGGUUGGGCCAUUGGUGAUUUGGCCGGUGUCAAAUUGAUUAAUUCGACAUGUUUGAAUUGUGAACAUUGUCAACAAUCAAAUGAAACUAGUUGUGCUACCAAGACAUUGAAUGGGAUCAAUAUGGACGGUACGUUUCAACAAUACUGCGCUACUGAUGCUAUCCAAGCGGCUAAGUUGCCCGCUGACAUUGAUUUGAAAUCAGUUGGGCCCAUUUUGUGUGCUGGGAUCACUGUUUAUAAAGGAUUGAAGUCGUCGGAUGCUAAACCGGGUCAAUGGGUUGCCAUUUCAGGAGCAGCUGGUGGAUUGGGGUCGUUGGCAAUUCAAUAUGCCAAAGCAUUGGGGUUGAGAGUGGUGGGGAUCGAUGGAGGUGCAGAAAAGGGAGAAUUUGUCAAAAGUUUAGGUGCUGAAGCAUAUGUUGAUUUCACUACUUCGAAAGAUAUAGCUAAAGAUAUUAUUGCCGUGACCAACGGUGGUGCUCAUGCGGCCCUAAAUGUUGCAUCCUCAGAACAAGCUAUUCAAAAAUCGGUGGAGUAUGUAAGACAAAGUGGUACGGUUAUCCUAAUUGCAUUGCCCCCAAAUGCAAAACUUACCGUUGAUGUUUUGAGUACUGUUGUAAAACAAAUCACCAUUAGAGGAUCCUAUGUGGGAACUAAAUGGGACACUACUGAAGCUAUUGAUUUUUUCCAUAGAGGUUUGAUUAAAUGCCCUAUUAAAGUUGUUGGCAUGGCCGAAGUGGAGCGCGUGUUUAAGGAAAUGGAAGAGGGUAAGAUUUUGGGAAGGUACGUUCUUGACACCUCCAAGUGA